UAUUGGUCUUCUUUUCCUCUCUGUCGGUCCUGACUUCCCAAGUCUUGCUAUCCCUCGAAUCUUCAGGUUACAUUUACAUACAUAUAAUUUAUAUAAGUAGAUCAUUGCUCAUGCAAGCGAGAGACCCUUUCCAAUCAUCUCCUUAUCAUCAACUCGUCGACAGGGCGCGAUUAUAUGUUUUAUAAUCAGCAUAAUGGACAUUAAUGCAGCGGAAGAGGAAAUACAGGUGAAUGUACUCCGAGCUGAAGUGAAGCGUCUGAAGAAGGAGAACGAAGCUCUUAGAUCGAUGCUCGAGGGCAUGAAAAGCAAAUGCGAAGUUCUUGAUUCCUAUCUUCAUGAGACGAUAAAGUUGGAUGAUCAGAAGGUUGGGACAGAAACAUUAGGAGGAUCACGAGAAGAUCAUAAGAAGAAAUCCAAGGUUGUCGAAGUUCGAUUAGCCGAGGCAUCACAAAUCUUUGUCAAGACUGCCUUAGAUGAUCAAAGCCUAGUUGUGAAAGACAGAUAUCAAUGGAGAAAAUAUGGGCAGAAGGUGAUGAAAGACAGCCCCUCUCCUCGAGCUUAUUACAGGUGUUCUACUGCUCCUGGGUGCCCAGUUAAAAAGAAGGUGCAAAGGUGCAAAGAAGACAUUUCCUUUCUUGUGGCCACUUACGAAGGACAACACAACCACAAUCUUGAUGGUGCCUUCCAACGCCUUAAUUCAUCUAAUUCACCACAUAUAUAUUCGACAACCCACCUGGGGUUAGGGUUAGGGAUAAGUCAAGACCAAGAACUCAGUCUCCCCGUACGCAAUUCACACAACGCGGCAUCGUUGAAGGGUCUCACCGAGUCCAUUAUUGAUGGUAGCAGCAGUUAUGACACAAUUGAAGAAUAUGUGUCUUCUUUAGUAAAGGAUCCUAACUUUACGACAGAUUUAGCUGCUGCAGUGGCGUGCAAGCUUCGUUAUCGAAGUGAUAUGUAGCACAACAUCAUAAAUUUAAUUUUUCUUGUUCUAUCGGAUUUAUAUUGUGGGUAACUACGUACUUUGCAGCUGGCUGGCCCAUUCUUGCCUGUUCUUAUAGCAUUGAUGUAAAAGUGCUAAAAGCUAUUCUUUGUCAUACGUAAGCAAGAGCUCUAGCACUGUAAACCACCUUCGCUCCCUCUCUUUGACACUACAAAUGGAAGGGGUCUCGGGCGACAUGAAAUCGUGUUGCCAUGGUUCUAUUUAUGCGGGUGGAAUGUACCUGUAGGCAUUGCAUUGUCAUAUAGAUGGUGUGUUCUUGGCAUAUCGGAGGAGACAUGCACUUCAUCUGGUCUUUCAUGAUGGUGUAACGAGACCCAACAUCUGUACCGCCAUGGACUGUAAUCUCUAAUCAUGAUAUUGUAAGUCGCAAAAUUGGAAAUUAAAACAGUGCAUAAUUGAUAUAGUAGAAGUUA